AUGCUUAAGGAAGAUUAUGGUUACCCAGAUACUCUUGACUUUAGUGACAGAUAUAAAGAAGCUAUUAGAAAGUUCAAGGAAGGAAAUACUGACCCGAACCUAUUUAGCUUUAUGGUUCAGCAUAAAAUCGGAUAUAAUCUCAAACCUGGAAAAUACAAGCUCGCUAAGGGAUAUGAUUUAAUAGCAUAUCAUCCAAAUGACAUGAAUGAAUUUACUCCGAGAUAUUUGAUGUCAGAGCUAAAUGAUAAUUCAACUCUCUUCAUGAAACGCGUAAAAAAUAGAGACGGAACGAAAGAAGAAAGGUUUAUGAGUCCGGAUGACUUAGAUAGGGAACUUGUUAAAAACGGUCUCGGAAUAUAUGAAAUGCCAGCAGAUGAGGUACAAGAAACUCAACAGGAAGAAGUUCAGAUACAACCAGACAUGGAAGAAAUAGUUCAGCAACAACAGCUAGAAGAGCCUGAAGGAAACGAACAAGUCCCUCCUUUGGAAACUAACUUCACAGAACUAGAUGAAGAUUUGGAACAGCCGAAAAAUCUUGACCCCCAACAAGAGUAUGAGGUGAAUAUGGAAUCUUUCCAAGAGUCUAAGAAAAAUUCGGCUGACAUAGUAGAAGAAUAUCGAAAAAUGUUCACCGACAUACAAAAGACUCCAACAUCAGAUGAAAAUAUUCAGCAUAGAAUGGAAGUACUGAAAGAAAAUGUACGCAAAUACAAUAAUCCUUUUUACUUACGACCAUAUAACGUUCAAUCUUUGGCUGAACUCGGUGAAAAUAAAAGGUUAAAUUUCAACAAAACAUAUAGAAAUGAAACAUUGUUUAAAGUUCAUUCAGAACCUAACCAAUAUGGAAACAAACCUACUUUUGUUUCUGCAGACUAUGGAACUACAAUGAGAUGGGGUCAUAAAGCUAAUCCGGAUAGGUGGUUCAUAAACUUACAACCUCAAUUCCAAGAAGUUGUAGACGCAAUGGAAGUCAAUGGUGAACCAGAUAUAACGGGUAUUUUCAGCGCGGCUUUAAUGCCAUUGAAAGAUAUGAAAGAUGCAGAUAUUUUGGACCAGUAUGAAAUGAACAUGGCUGAGGGAAAUAUAACACCUGACGUUCUAGAACAUUUAUCUCAAAGAACUACACAGAACCAUAGAGAUGGUAUAUUUGGUGAAGAGUUUAGAAAGAAAGUUAGGGAGAGAGAAGGAAGAGAACCUAUUGUACAUGACCUUGCAAACGAAAGUUUGCAAAAUGUCAUAAAAACUUACUUUGCAGACAAUGAACCGAGAAUGGAUGAAUAUUUAAGAAAACUCAAAUGGACAGUACCAAAUGAAAUGUUAGUAUUGAAAAACAUGUUCCUUGACAAAAUAAAACCAACUACAGAAAUAAAUGACGCAAGACUGAAACAUUGGGUAAAAGCUUUCCCAUUCACAAAAGAUAUUAUUGGUUACAUGGAAAGAAAACCAGAAUGGCUACAAAAACAUAUAUUUGGAAACGAGCUUAUUCCAUAUGGACAAGCUCUGUUUGAAGAGCUUGAACCGGAAACUCAGGAAAGAGUCAUGCAAACAAUACGCGAAGACUCAAAUACAAACUAUGACAAAAUCUUUCUAGGAUAUAGGUUACCUGAGAUGGGCGACCAAAGCCCAAAGGCAAAAAGGACAUGGGAAAUUUACAACAUACUAGGUGAACAUGAGGCAAAGAUGCAACAACUUGAAGCAGAGGGCAAGUUACCAAAAGCGACACCAAAGAAGAAGAGAAGAGUAGAACAAAGUGAAAGUAGUGAAGAAGUAACUUCAUCUAGUGAAAGUAGUGGCAAUGAAGGAAAAAGAAGAGUUAAAAACUCAGUCAGGAAGAAAGUAAAGCUUGGUACGAGUGGGUUCUAUUAUGACACAUAA